GGAGGGAGGAAAGAGGACGUAAGAUGUAUUGAGAAAUCCCCGUGUUAUACCUGGUUAUACCACCAACCUACCACCGCCCUCGCGUGACAAAAUCUUAAAACACGGGCAGGCAGACGAGGUAAAAAGGUAGGAAGGAACAGGUAAAGGUGUUCUCUGCUGAGCAGUUCCUGUUUUAUUGUAUUACGCUACAACACUGUAGGAAGACCUUCUAAACUAAUCUAAUUAUAGAAAACGAUUGUUAUUUUUCGGUGAAGCGGGACAUCCUGCAUGACACUUGCUGUUGGUCCAGUCUCACCUGGAUAAAACCUCAAUAAAGGCUAUCCAUAUCGGGAGGGAGGAAUGCCGAAGAAGGAGCUAGAAACGGCCAACAGGCCCGACAACACAGCCUUCACCCAGCAGAGGCUCCCGGCCUGGCAGCCCAUCCUGUCUGCCGGCAUCGUUAUCCCAGGCUUCGUGCUCAUCGGCCUGGCCUUCAUCGGCAUAGGCGUCGCGCUCUUCCUCACCUCACGGAACAUAACGGUGCUGGAGAUGGAUUACACUGGGGUAGAGACCACUUCCGACUGCUACAAGUGCUCUGCCGGCACAUUACCAAACUGUGUGUGCAACCUGUACUUCACUCUCAAUGAGACUUUUCCGGGUACUGUGUAUUUCUACUAUGGUUUGUCCAAUUACUUCCAGAGCUACCGCAAAUUUGGGGCCUCAAGGGAUGACAACCAGCUUUCAGGGGACACUUAUUAUUUUACGUCCCCCCUAGCCGUCUGCACUCCCUAUCAAUAUGAUGUCAACAACAACCCAAUUGUACCCUGUGGAAUAUCUGCUAACAGCAUGUUCAAUGACACCUUUAAUCUGUACCAGCUGGUGAAUGGGUCAAAGACUGUUCCCUUGGAUGGCAGAGGAAUAGCUUGGUGGUCGGACUACAACAUCAAAUUCAGAAACCCUACUUCUGACCCACUAAGAAACGCAUUCAAUGGGACUGUGAAGCCCCCCUUUUGGUCCAAGCCGGUUUUUGAGCUGGACCUCACUGACAAAUCCAACAACGGCUUCUUGAACCAAGACUUUCUGGUUUGGAUGAGGCGGGCCGCGCUGCCAAACUUCAGGAAGCUGUACCGACGAAUCACAGGCCCUGACUACGCCAGUGGACUGCCUCCAGGAAACUACACUAUUGAAAUAGCCUACAACUAUCCUGUGAUGAGCUUCAAUGGGAGGAAGAAGGUCGUCUUGAGCAACGUGUCCUGGAUGGGCGGCAAGAAUGAUUUCCUGGGUGUGGCUUACUUGGUGGUCGGAUCCCUUUGCAUUGUCAUGUCGAUGGUCAUGCUCAUCGUGUAUGCCAAGUUCAAGUUCCCUGAUGACGUCUAAUCACUGGACCCAAUUUUCUGAUGUGGGUGAAAGGUUACUAUUAUGUUUUCUUACAGUCCAGAGUCUGACCUGAGAUUUUUCCAAUUCUUUAAUAGCCAGGUUAAUUGACUUGAAGAUGUUCAUUAGACGUUAUGUUUUAGUUCUGUAAAACCCAAGUUGGAUGGAUACAGUUGCAUGCAUCUACACACCUUGCAUAGUCUUAUGACACUUAUGGUGUUCAAUGUUUUACUUUUUAUCCUGUUCUCCUCAAGUUUUUCAUAUCCAAUUUGUGAUUAAGGUCUGGCUUCAGCACCUCCUAUGACAUUCUGGUUCUUAUUAUGGGGCUCACUCAAACAAGCUCAGCCAAAAUCUGGACUGGAAUACCAAAGUGCCUUCCCUGGGUUUCUACCUCGAUUGAGCCUAACAGUACCACAAGGAGUCAUUUGAGAUGAGGCAAGGCAACCAUAUGCAAUUACUAAACCCCCUCGCACCCCCCCCCCCUUAGCAAAUAACAAUCUUUCCCAGAGAAAAUAACAACCUAACUCUACAGAAUUGUUUACAGAAGCAUAAGAAAGGUUUUAGAACAUGUGCAAAGUUUACUAAAUGAGGCUGUAUGAAUUGUGUGCAUCUCUAUGUGAGGUUGGGGACAUUAGUUUUCCAGGGUUAGGCAACUUUCCCGACUUUUACAUGGGCUUUGAUCAUCUCCUAUAUAUUUUAGGGCAUUUCAUGCAUAACUGACUACUGAAAGUGAGUAAGAUGGGGAAAGUGCUGAACAUGAUGCUGUCACCAUUAUACAAAGGCAUAGGUAGUUUCUCUGCUCAUUCCUGGCCUGCAUGGGUAAAGAAGAAAUACCCUUUUCUUUUCUAAAUCACCCAAUCACCACAACUAGCUAAUAAAAAAGACUAUAAGACAACAUGGCAAAAACACUGUAAUGGCCUGCUUUGGGUUCAAUCCAAAACAACACCAAGGGAAUCCUUGUGACUUGAAGUAUUGUUAUCGGGCAUCAUGUUAUGGGUAUGGUCCUCACUGGCAGAGACUGAGAUUGUGUCAGGAUCAAAAAGAAAGAAAAGAAGCAAAGCCCAGGUAAAAAGUUAUAGGAAAACCUGCCUCAGGCCUAAAAGAAAAAACAUGACUCUGGAUAUUAUUUAUUUUUUUACAAUUGCCAUGGUUGGUAGAGCCUGGGGCUUGCAAUGCCGGGGCAGUGGGUUUGAUACCCACUGGGGACCGGAUUAAAAUGUAUGCAGUCACUCAUGUAUGUCGCUGAGGAUGUCUGCUAUAUUACUUGCAUGUAAAACAAUACCAUCACUUCUGCCAAAAACAACAUAAUAGCUUUUUAGGAUGUCUAAUGUCAGACCUGACUUAAAGCUAUGCUUUAAAUAUUGCUUUCCCUUGAUGACUCCUAAUCACAUUCACCAGGCUUGCACAAGUUCAACAAUGGGCCUGUGUUGCCCCAAGACUUGUGCAAAGUUGUUAGAAUGUAAUUUAAAAUUAUUCACAGCUUAAUGGCUAGCAAAUGUGCUUUUACCAAGUUUGAACUCCGGGUUGUAACAACAUGCACAUCUAGGAUUUAUUUUAUUAUCAAUUAGAUUAUUCUAUGGUGUUCUUUCUCAUUGAAGAUGUGUAGUCUGUUUAGUUGAAUCUUUAAGUAAAACGAUUAAGCUAGUCCAUUCUUACUUUUAAAUGUAAGGUGCUAAAAUGUGAAGACUUGGAAAUGGGUGUUUAUUUUUUGACCAGCCACUGUUUCUAUAUAUGCCAUGAGAUUCAAGUGUGUGGACAGUGACAUUUUUAACCUCUAGGCUGUGUACUCUGGCACUUUAGAUUGAUAUGACUCAGUGAAUGUGAGGUUGAAAUGCAGACUGUCAUCUUGAAUUAAUGCAUGUUCAUCCAUUUAUUACAGAACCGUUUAGAAAUUACGUCACUUUCUGUAUGUCCCUAUCCUAUUCAGGUUACCAAAAGUAUUUAGGCAAAUUCCAAAUUGAUGUAUUGAAUUAGUGGAUAGUUGUGUAUUUGGUCCCAUGAAAGCACACAAUGAAUCCCUCAAAACCUCUCACUUUACAAACUAGUUUGAAUAAUUUGCAGUAUGUGUCCUGUACAAAAUAAUUUGUAUAGAAUACAAAGACAUGAAGCCGAACGUAUCAUGAAUGGUGAAUUACAAGGGCAUAAACCACUACCCUCCCCUGUCAUAUUUUUAAUGUGUGCAAUCAUCUGUUGGGUAUGAUCUUUGCUAUUUGUAAUGUUUUAAAUAAUCAUUCCAGAUUUAUUUUGGGUUCUCUGUGCGCACACAUCCUCGCCUCUUACCAUUAAAAAUAACUGGAGGUAUAUCUGUAUUUACAUUAGCCUCUGUGUGAAUAGUACAUUUUACAGUAAAACAUUCACUCAAUAAUGAUACCUUAGCUGUACAUUAUUAUUGAGCUAAAAUAAUCUGAGAAAUACAGUUGCAAGUUUGGUACAGGCAUUGUCUGUUAGGAAUAUGGGAUCAAAUACUAAAACAUCUCACUAUAAUACACAUUAAUGUGUCCAAAUACUUUUUUGGGGACUAUGUACAACAUUUGUAAUUUCUAAGCAUUUCACCCACUGGGGAUGAAAAUACAUUCAAAUUAAAGAUGACAGUAUGAUUUCAAAACCUAAAGGAGUGGGACAGAAUUUCACUGUGUAAAUACAUACUUUUGAACCCCACUUAACAGUCUGCCUAAUAUUGCAUCUAAUUCAGAAAACAAUAUAAAUUACAAGGAGUUUCUGAAUGAAAUUAACAACCUUAACAGGUUUGAGGUUUAGAAGCUGUGUAGUAUAUUAUAUUUGUCUUCCUCUGAUACUCUGGGUAAAGCUGCCUUAGAAUCUUGUAUUGAUGAAGCCCCUUUAGGCAAUAUAAGAUAAGGCUGUUAGUUCAUUUUUUUUGUUACAAUGGUAAUGUUUACUAUGAUUAUCUGUUCAGAAUUAAAUAUUUCUGAAGGCUGGAGGAAAACAUGGGCUAAUAUUUCUCAUUUGGACAGGACCUAUAAGCCAUAGAAUUAAAUAGCCAUUAAUUAUCAGAUGGAAGAUCUCAGGGCUGUAUAGACCAAUGGUAUGUACUGUAGCAUGACUGUUGUUAUAAAUGUUGUAUUUAUAACAGUGUUUGUCAUUUUUAAAUAAUUGUUGGUGAAUUUACAUGUUUUUCCCUUAAAUAAAUGCACAAAUAGAGGAAUCAA